GCUUGAAUUUUAUUUUCCUGCUAAUUUUUGCAAAAAUGAAUCCGUUUCCCUGUGGCAUGACAAAAUUCGUAGAUGCCCCGGCGAAAGCGGCAACAGGACGUCGCCAGCCGCGAGCACCAAAGCAACCAAAGGAUGCCACCAAGAAGGGUUGUGCGUGCAAACGUACUUCGUGCAUUAAGAAUUACUGCGACUGCUAUCAGUCCAUGAGAACUUGCCAUGAGUUUUGCAAAUGCCUUGAUUGCAAGAAUACGGUGGAGCGUCCCAUGGUUAACGAAAUUCCACCGAAACAUUCCAGGCGACAGCGUGCCUCGGCAGUGAAUGCCAAAGCAGAGGCUGCAGCUCUCAGGGCUGGCAUAAAGCCGGCAAAAGGAGUUGCUUCUGCUGUUUUUCCAGCCCAAGAAAUAAACAUGCCUCCAGAACAGCCCAUUAGCAUGCUACGCACAGCACCAAAGUCCACGCCUAUAAAACGGCUGUCGAACAAGCCAUUGCAAGUGCCAAAGCCGCCACAGCAGCGGUUAAUGCAUUUAUCAAAUGAAGCGCCUCAACAUUUUCUCCCAGCUCCCAAGUGUCGCUCAGAUCAGGAUAGGUUGAUGAGCCAGCCAUGGAGUUCCUCUACGCCACGGCCAACAGCAGUAAUCAUGGCCUCGCCACGUAGCUCCAAGCCCAAGCAGCCAGAGAAGGAGAAAAAGGAAGAGCAGAAGCCUAAGGAACUGAAUCUGUUCAAUCAGCCCAUCAAUAUGACUGUGCUCCACUGCAUGCUGGUUCAGGCAAUAGAGGCGGAGCAGCUGGGAUUGCAAGAGUUACAAGUGGGCCAAAUGGUACUUUCCGAAUUUGUACACGGUCAGAAGCUCAUUUACGCUGCCUCAUGUGACAAGAAAUGA